CUGCUGAUGCCAUGGGACCUGCGCACAGAGAGCAAGACUGCCAGAAAGAGGAGACAGGAAAGUAAGCUACAGAGAGAGAAAGAAGUGCAGCAAUGCUUAGAGAGGGAAAAACUCAACUCCAUAGACCGGUACCUCCUCAGUGGAGAUGAAAAGGUGGUAGUAUGUUCCUACUUCGCCCACCACCUGAAUGUGUUCAGCGUCAUCUCCCAGGAACACUUGCAUACACUUGAGGAUUGUUCGUCCAUUUUGAGUCUCCGUACUGCGGCACUCACACACUCAGGAAAACACUUAGUCAUCUCUAACUACAGUGAAACCCAGCAAUCUCCUUACGUCACUCUUUGGGACACGCAGCAUGGCAAGGUGCAAAAGAGACUGAAAAAUGAACCCGGAAUUUGUUGCAUGGCCAUCACAGAUGAUGCCUGCAGAAUUGCCUUUGGCAUUGCAAAGUGUAACAAAUUAAAGGUGUGGGAGCCUUUUAGGAGAAAGCACAAGAGCAUCUUGGGUUAUGGAAGUCUGAAGUUGAGUGUGUCCAGUAGGCUUUCCAUCACCAAGGGAGGAGCCAAAGCCAUUUUGCUAGCAGGUGAGGUGAGUGUGUGGGAUCUUGAUGCUGGGACAGUGUUGUCUGUCUUCACUCCUGACUCAAGGAUUCAGUGUGUAUCUCUUGUGGAUGAUGAGAAGUGCACUCUCCUCUUGGGUUUCAGUGACAUUUCCACUCUUAUUAUCAUGAGUCUUAGCCAACAGCGGGUUGCCGCACCAGGUAAAAUGGCUAGCCAUGACCAACUGUUUGGGGAGUCCAGCAGCAGUGAUGAAGAGGACUAAGACAAAUAAGCCAAUUUAAGAAAAUGUUUACAGGUGACAAAGUGAAUAUUUAUAACACAAGGCAUUAUGUUGCUGAUUCAUAAUUGUUGCGGAAGUAGCCUUAAGCAAUGGAAGAAAGAUUAAUCAGCAAUGUGAUCUGUCAUCUGCUGUUUUUUUAAUAGUCACAAGGUCUUGAGGUUAUGACAAAACUACAGAUCUCAGCUUUAUUGAGUGACAAUAGUGUACCACUCUGUAUAAAUUCAGAUUCAGAUUUUUGAUAAUCUUUAAUUCAAAAUGUCUUUUGAUGGUGGUAAAGGAAAUCUUAUUUUAUAUAAGUAUUUACAAGAUUUCUGUUUGAAAUUGCAAUGUUUGGUAUAAAUUUUAGUUCUGAAAACAGUCUGUGUCUUAUGACGUGUAUUUUAUUUUGGUUAUGCUGGUUUUUACUCUACAUAUUUUACUCUACAUAUUUUGCAAUAGGCUUUCCUGUUUCUUGUCACAUGAACAUCUUACAAAGAGAGUCGACAUUAAAAGAGCUUCUUCCUGUUUGCUUCAGUAGAUC